AUGGUCCAAAUCGGUACGACCGGCCAUAGAGUCGUAGUUACGGGCUUGGGAAUCAUAAGCCCGUUGGGAUUGAACACCUCCGAUACCUGGAACGCUGUGGUCAAUGGUCGGUCGGGCAUUGACUACAUAACGAGUUUCGACGCGGAGGCGUUCGACACCCGAUUCGCCGCCGAAGUGAAAGGGUUUACCCCGGAAGACUAUUUGGACCGUAAACUGGCGCGCCGCAUGGAUCGAUUCUCCCAGUUUGCGGCUGUGGCCGCUAUGGAAGCUUGCCAGCAGGCGAACCUGGAACCGCGCUCGAUGGACCGGUAUAGCGUUCAUGUGGUGGUGGGCAGCGGAGUCGGUGGCAUCAACACCCUGACUGAGCAGCAUCGGGUGUUGAUGGAACGUGGGCCACGACGAGUUACGCCGUUUCUAAUUCCCAUGAUGCUGGCCGAUAUGGGGUCGGCCCAGGUGUCGAUGGUUACCGGCGCGAUGGGCGCAAACUACUGCGUUACGUCAUCGUGCAGCAGCGGCGCCGACGCCAUUGGCAUCGGCUGGGAUAUGAUUCGCCACGGACGGGCCGAAGUGGUGCUGGCCGGCGGUACUGAGGCGCCCAUCACGCCAUUGACCGUUGCCGGCUUCAAUGCGUUGCGCGCGCUUUCCCGUAAGAAUGACGACCCACAACGGGCCAGCCAACCCUUCAACCGGAGCCGGGACGGGUUCGUGCUGGCAGAAGGGUCGGCGAUUCUGGUGCUGGAAAGCGAGGAACACGCCGAGGCGAGGGGCGCGGAACCGCUGGCGGAACUGCGCGGGUACGCUGCCACCAGCGACUCACAUCAUCUGACUGAACCCAACCCCACCGGGCAAAGUGCCGCCGCAGCCGUUACCGCGGCGUUGGCGGCGGCUCAAUUGUCGCCUGUCGACGUUGACUAUCUGAACGCCCACGGAACAUCUACGCCGUUGAACGACUGGCACGAAACCAAGGCGCUGAAACUCGCCCUGGGCGAAGACGCUUAUCGCAUCCCAAUCAGCAGCACGAAGAGCAUGACCGGCCACCUGCUGGGCGCCGGCGGCGCGCUGGAGGCUGCCCUGUGCGCCAUUGCCCUCCGCGAGGGGUUGAUGCCGCCCACGAUCAACCUGGACGACCCCGGACGACGAGUGCGACUUGGAUUACGUGCCGCACAAUGCGCGCAAGGGCGAUUUGGAUGUAAUUCUCAGUAA